GGAUAGAACAAGAAAUUGAGAAUCUUCAAUGGCGAUUCUAACUUCUUCUUCUUGUUCAUCGAUUUUUCUUCCCAAUUUAAUUUCGAGACAAAAUCACUGUAAUUCUGGAAUAAUUUUCCCUAAUUUAAGAAACCCUAGAAUCAGCAAAUCAAAUGUACAUCUCUUUUCUAAAACCAAAUUCCAAUCCCUUAUUUGUAGUCAACUCUGUACAAGUGAUAAAACCCUUACUUUAGAUACCUCUGCUUUAGAUAUUUCUGUUGCUGUUGCUGAAGAUGAAAUUUGGGCUUCUGCUUGCCUUCGAGUUCGAUCUUUCUAUGAUUUCAAGCAAUCUUUUGGUAUCGAAGAUCACAAGAAGCACUUGGCCGAGCUUGAAUUUGAAGCGUCCAAAGAACGCAUCGCCGGGACAAGGGAAGGGUUUAAAAGGGUGUGUUGCGUAAAUGUCACUCUUCCAUUGUCACGCAUGUCGAGCUCUUCGGAUGAACUAUGUUCAGCAUGCAAGUAUUCUGCUAAUGGAGAAGACCGAGUAGUCAUUGGAACUCUUGACAUAAACCAGUGCGUGAGACUUCCGGAUGAAAUAACAGGGAAGAGGCCACAGGGCAGUGGUGCUGAUGUUUCAAGGGCAUAUUUGAGCAAUGUAUGUGUAGCCAAGGAGCUGCAGAGAAACGGUCUCGGCUAUUUAUUGGUAUCCAAGUCAAAAAAAGUUGCUCAAGAAUGGGGCAUAACUGAUCUAUACGUCCAUGUAGCUUUUGAGAAUGAACCAGCGAGAAGGUUGUAUGGAAAGAGUGGUUUUGUAUAUGAAAGUGAUGAGCCAGCUUGGCAAGCUAGGUAUCUUGAUCGACCAAGACGGAUUCUUCUAUGGUCUUAUCUGGCUCGCACUCACAACUCGUAGUAUAAGUGUAUAACAUAUAAUCUCCUAUUGCUCCUAUUCUGUUUUGUUAUAAUUACACUGGUAUUCUGCUUUUAAUAUGAUAUACAAAUUUUCUCGUUUCACCUUUC